UGAAAAACAAUCGUUUGCGGGUUAACGGUGAUGUAUCGUGGUAUUUGGCGAGAAAAAAAUUGGGAGUGGAAUAUUAUCGCGCAAAGUUUGGCUUGAGUGACAGCAUGAGCUUGUGCGACAGUCGCUUAAGCCAUCCCGUUGGUGUCAUGGUCGCUGUCCUGGUCAUAUUUACUGCCAUUGUAAUUGUCACUGUAAUGCACCGAAACUCCUCGUGUUUUGCCUCCAUAGCAACACUGACAUCGUCGUUAUCUGUUUUACUUUCAUAAUCGUCAUUGUCACAUGAUUUGGGAGGUAUUGGCACAUCAUUCAACAUCCCCUUUCUUCUCCAUUAAUCAAUCUUUAUACAAUUCUCUACUUCAUUUCAUCUUUUUGCCUCUACCAAACACACCUUUCCCGUUACAUAACCAAUACCAAUCGCUGUUUAUCCCCCAUACACACCUCGCUAAAAAUAUCUCAUUUUCUUCUUAUCCCCGCCAUCACUGUCCCUACCCCGUUGAUGCGCCAUUACUAUCUUCCUCCCUUUUUCAUGCCCGGCAUCAGUUACCCCUCAUCCGUCCAACCCACCUGUAUCAUACCCGUGGCCGCUCUGACCAUUGCACCCUUGCUCGGAAUAAUAAAGUUUGCCCCCUCAUGCUCUGGUGUAUGCUAACUUGUACACCACACACAAACAUCACCCAUUUGGUUGCAAGUUGACACGCACUUAAAGACCGUUCGGCUGGACAGCACACUUUAUCAAACUCAGCCCUGAACAAACCUCUUUGUUGCUGAGACACUCGGCACCACUCACUCUUGCUUCCCUCAUCUGGGCCAGCCACUCCAACCAGCCCUCCUCCUCCUCCUUCUCGAGGUGCAUCCUGGGUAAUAAUGAAAUCGAAGCAGCGAUCCAAUUUGCCACCCCCGGCGAUGGUGUGUGUCUAACGUGCCGCGGACAUAAUCGCCGCUGUUUUAUGGCAUCACCAAGUCGUUGCGUGGUGUCCAUCAUCCAACAUUUGAUGGCCAAUGGCGUGUUGACACAAAUAUACCUUCAAACUGGCAAGGAGGGUAAAACGAGGAAACAUCCGCGGACGGCGGGGCAAGAAGAGGGGAAGUUAGUUCAAGCAAACACGGAGAACAGAUGACCAGCACAUCUUACCCUGGACUAAUCGUCUGCAAGCUGUUGCCAAAUCCUACUCUACAAGUUACUUUAUUUGAUUUUCCCCCAUUGUAUUUUCUUCAUCUGAUUCUACGAGCUUUUCUACUAUAUUUUCUUUUGCCCGGGGUGAUUUCCGCGGGCUGAGUGAUGAUGGCGGCUGACGAAGCUUGCAGCCCGGUGUCUGACCCGCGCAAUCGCGCCGACACCCUCUCGUUCAGCAUCAGUCGGAUCUUGAGUAAAUCCCCCGGACCGAAGAACGGGAAGACUUUAUCAUCGAUAGCCAGGGACGUGGAGCGGUAUUCCCUGGGUCAAAUCAGCUGCCCUGGGCCUCAUGCUUACCACCAGGUCUCCCCAGUGCUCUACUCGUGUUCCACCUCCCCUCCCUCAUCCACCUCGACCCCUACUUCAUCCCCACCCUCGGCACCAUCUUCGGUCUCCGUGGUGUCUUCGCGGAGCGUGCAUGGCGGCAGCCCGCUGACGGGCCAAUGUGAGCUGGGUAAGGUACUCCGAGUGCCGGCGCAUCGCCCCAUGGUUCUGCCGUUCAACAGCAUGUUCCCCUGGAUGGAGAGCCGACGACUUGCCAGGGACAGACUUACAGUUACGAGGAGGGUGGGUCACCCGUACCAGAACCGGACCCCGCCGAAGCGCAAGAAACCCCGUACCUCCUUCACCCGUCUGCAGAUCUGCGAGUUGGAGAAGCGAUUCCACCGGCAGAAAUACCUGGCCUCGGCCGAGCGGGCCGGGCUGGCCAAGACGCUGAAGAUGACGGACGCUCAGGUUAAGACGUGGUUCCAGAACCGACGGACCAAAUGGAGACGACAAACGGCUGAGGAGCGAGAGGCUGAGAGACAAGCAGCAGCUCGCUUCAUGUUUACCCUCCAGCAUGAGGUCAUGCUCAAGACCCUCCAAGAACCCAUGCCACCGGACCCUCUAUGCGUCCACAACGCCUCGCUAAACGCCCUACAGAACCUGGCACCGUGGGGCGCUAACGAACAGCAGCAGCAGCAACACCAGCAGCAGCAGCAGCAACAACAACCAUCACAGACCAAACAGCAGAAAGACGGGGAGUUAACGAGCGACAGGCAAGUCAAUUCGCCGAAAUGUUGAACAGUCAACAGUCUUCACCUUCGAUCAACACUAUCAGCGGCAACUGCUGUACCAGCAACUCCAGACAACACCACAUGCAGCAACCACAGACAAGUCAGAUGAUAUACGGGGUCAUGAUCAUCUGCCACCUUCAACACCAACACCAUGCAGCAUCUACAAUAUACAUUUAGCCCCAGUAGCACCAGCAACAGCAAAAGAACGAUCGUAGCCACACUAUACAUUUGGCACCGCUGUGAACAGCAUCUGCUGCAGCAGCAACAACUUGCAACAGCAGCAGACAAGUCAGAUAUACGAAGUCAGUGUAUUUGCCACCUGCAGCACACAGAGCACCAUCGGUAGAGCAGCAACAGGACAAGCUGCAUGCUAGAGUAGCAAUCGUAUAGACACAUGUGAUAAACAUGACACGGCAACACCAUCAUUAGCAUGGGCUGCUUCAGCACCAGCCCUGGCAACGGUCCACAAGUCAUGUAGGCUAAUACGCUUGCAACUUGCAGUAGCAAAAGCACCAUCAACACAGCAGCGAGAAAAAAAAAUCGCGAUUCAGACAGCCCAUCUAGAGUGCUAACAGUCAAGGGCAAAUUCACUUGCUGCAGUUACAAUGACAGUAAUCGUCAGCAAAAUCAUGCUGCGCAUCAUCACUGCUCAAAGAGCAGCAGCAACUUCAACGACAGCACAACAGAAACAAAAUCGGAUCAAACCCACCCAAUAUGACUGACUAUCGGCUUUUGCAAAACUAACUGAAAAGCUUGUUAAGCCUACACCUACAGCAUUAAAAAAAAACUACAUUGCAGCAUUGGAAACAGUAAAGCGUAAUCAGUCGUGGCGUAAAAAUGCAGCCGCCACUUUCACAUUGGUAUAAUCAUGUCCGUCUAUAAAACUACAAUUUUGCUCAUUCCACUAAUGUAUCCAAGUGUUAUGUUAAUUAAAAGAUGCACUGUCCUAGUUUUAGCCAAUCUGCACAGCUGAUUGAAGGUCCCGAUCGCCUUCUUAUCACAAGACAGCCAAAGCUGUGACAUUCUUAAUUAGAUAUCGAGCGAAAACAAAUCCCUUCUUGAAAAUGGACCUGGCAAUUAAUUACUGCCUAUCAGCACCUUUGACAGAAUGAAAAGCGAAUUCACGCCCAGAUGUAGUAGACAGUUCUUACUGUCUCAUUAUUUCUCGAACGAUCCUGUUCCAAAAUGUGACACCUCCCCAUCCAUGCGCGCUAAGUAUCAUCUUCAUUUUCAUAAUUCGCUAAAGGAAUUAACAGACGAACACCAAAUGUGCGCCUUUUUAGCCAUUGUGCCACAGAAUCUUGGUCAGAAAUAAACAUUAGGCGUUUGGUAUAAAAAAAAAAUUGUAAGAACCAACUGAUUGAAAUUAGCCUUAAUUGUAUGUAUACAGACUGAUAAUAUUCAACAUUUGAAAUAAUGUGUCGGUCUAGCCUAAUGACUUAACAAAACGUGGACUUAUCCCAUUACAACACUGCACACUUGUCUUAAUAAUUACCGAAAAGCACUUACAUUUGGAAAAAAAACAAAAAUGAAAGAAGACCUAGUUUUAUACGGAGGUUUAAACAAAGGGGUUUUCUUGUACAUACUAGCGUAAAAUUCUGAUGCUGAGGCGUUGCACUGCUUUAAGAAAGUCUGUAAAUAAACAUCUAAUUGUAUUUAAAUUAUUGUAUUUAAGGUCUGAAAAGAUGAUAGAAGUGGCCACAAUAAAAAUAAGUACUGAUAUAAUGUGAA